AUGUCAGACUUUCCUCCUUCACCCGUCGAUACCAUUGACUGGAGCAAUGUGGGCUUCAAGAUCCGAGAAGUCGCUGGCCAUGUUGAAUCACACUACUCUGUUGAGACCGGCAAAUGGACCCCCCCAGUCUUUGUCGAGGAUCCAUUCCUGCGCAUCCACGGUAUGGCACCCGGUCUGAAUUACGGGAUGCAGUGCUACGAGGGUAUGAAGGCCUUCCGAGCACCAAAUAACACCAUAAACAUCUUCAGGCCCAACAAGAAUGCCGAAAGGAUGCAACACUCGGCUUCUUUUAUCUCCAUCCCAGAGGUACCGACAGACCACUUCCUCGCCUGCUGCAGUAUGGCUGUAGGAAUGAACGCGGCAUACGUGCCACCUCAUGAGACCGGGGCGGCCAUGUACAUCCGACCACUGCUCUUCGGUAGCUCAGCGCAGCUUGGCCUGAACCCGCCACAGGAGUACACAUUCGUAGUCUACUGUAUUCCAACAGGUGUCUACCAUGGAUCAAACCCGGUAGAUGCCGUCAUCCUUGAGGACUUUGACCGCGCCGCGCCGGAGGGAACUGGAUCAGCAAAGGUCGGAGGCAACUACGCUCCAGUAUUGCGACAUAGCGAGAAGGCGUACAAGGCAGGCUACGGCAUUACCCUGCACCUUGACAGCAAGACCAGAAGCGUCGUUGACGAGUUCUCAACGUCCGCAUUCAUUGGAGUGAAGAAGGAUGGCGACAAGGUCAAGCUUGUUGCAUCUAACAGCAAAAACGUCAUUCAGAGUGUGACUGGAGACAGCGUCCUCAGGAUUGCGGAAUCAUUUGGCUGGGAAGCCGAGUCCCGAGAGAUCGCGUAUGAAGAACUCAAGUCCUUCGACGAAGUCCUUGCUGCAGGAACAGCGGCGGCUCUUGUUCCCAUCAAAUCCAUCACUCUACCAUCGAAGGAUGACAAGUUCACGUAUGCAGAGGCACAGCAAGAACCAGGCCCAGUAUGCAAGAAGCUUCUUACGACACUGAAAGGUAUCCAGCAAGGAAAGAUUGAAGACAAGCAGAGCUGGCUUUUCAAGGUGGAGAGGCCUGAGCAGUUUGGAAAACAAGAACAGGCAAACGGGGCCAAGAUUGUCGGACAACUGCCUUGA